AUGGAUGAGCGUUGGCAAACAUUUUUUGACAAAUUUCCAGAAACGGUGACUGGUGAACAGUUACCUGUUAAGUUACCUAGAUUUGACUUGGAUUUAUGUGAUUUAGCUGGAGCAGCAGCAGACUGGUAUUAUCAAGCAUUAUGGUUAAUGCAGARAGUUAUUGCAGAAUUAAAUGAUGUUUGUUUAAAUCAUGCUACUGUUAUUCCAUAUCAUAAACCUAUAUUAACUCCAGUCUGGUGGUCAUCAUUUGUGUUAAAAAAUACAAGAAGACAAAUGGAAGAUUAUAUAACAGUUAUUCCUUAUUUCCAUACGUUAUUUGAUGUUAAGGAUUUUGGCGAAGCUUCUUUUUAUGCAGUUUAUGAUGGACAUAAUGGUUUAGAUGCUGCUGUUUAUAGCUCAAUGUAUUUACAUCAAUUUUUAGUUCAGUCAACUCAGUAUCCAACUAAUCCAGAGUACGCACUGUAUGAAGCAUUUUUCACUACAGACAAAGGCUUUACACAAAAAACAGAAAAAUAUAAUUUAGUAAGUGGUACAACUGCUGUAUGUGCAUUAUAUAGGCAACAAGAGAAGAAACUUUAUGUGGCAUGGGUCGGUGAUUCAAUUGCUACAUUAUGGACAAAUGGAACGCCUUUAUGUUUAGUAAACAAACACGUUCCUGAAAGAUAUGAUGAAACUCAAAGAAUUGAGAAUGAAGGAGGAAUAGUAUCGAAAUGUCAAGGUAUUUGGCGUGUAGAUGGUCAGUUGGCAGUAUCUAGAGCUAUAGGYGAUGUUAAAUACAAACCCCAUAUUACAUGUCAACCAGAGAUAAGAUCAUUAGUUUUAGAUGGAAAUGAAGAAUUUCUAGUUCUGAGUAGUGAUGGUUUUUGGGAGUAUACAACACCUGAAGAAAUAGCAGAAACUAUUUACGACGAGUUGCUUGAGACUGAUGGUGAUAUAUCUGAAGUUUGCAAUAAGCUUGUUUUCAAAUCUAAGGCACAAGGAUCUAAGGAUAAUAUAUCAGUGAUUGCAGUGUUUCUACAGGAUCCCAAGCAGUUAGUAGCCAAAAGAAGGGCUGUUAUAAUGGAAACAGCUAUGGAACCAAGAAACGCAACUGAAACGCUCGCGUCGUACGGUCAAGACACUGGUGAUUUUGGCCCCGAAACUGAUGUAGACACACCCGACGAGCCAAUCGGUUUGACCAAACCUAAAGAAGGAGAAUCCUGCGUAAUUGACGAAAGUGGAGGAGAAUCCGAAGAAGACGGUGGUGGAUGGAAUUACCACAAAAAACCAAUUGAAGACAUAGAAAAAAAGGCGAACGAAGAGGACGUCAACAGCAUAAGCAAUAAUUCUGACGCCGAGGACAUGGAUUACAAACUGAAUCCAGACGCCCCAGAGUUUGUGCCAGUAUCUUCACCACCAGCAUCUACAAUGAACCAUGCGCAACGUCUCCUUAACACGGAUAAUGAUGAUUUUAUAUCUUCAUCACCUCAAAAGUUUAAAGAUUUAGACAAUGUAGUUGUGCCUGACGAGAAUGACUUCACCAAUGAAAUUAAAGUGCAUGCAGCAGACUUGUCUAAGCUCAACAACCCUUAUGAGCCCAAUGAUGAUUCAACCAUGCUGAAUGGUAUUAAUCCUCUGAAUUAUGAAGAAGUGAUUAAUCACAGUACAACAGAUAAUGAUCUAAUUUUACAAAAUGAACAUAAUAUUACCAAUGGGAAUUCAGAUGAAUAUCAAAAUCCAUUUAUUUCUAAUGAUAAAGUUGACUUAAACAAAGUUCAAGAUUUGUCUGAAUACCAGAAUGAUAAUGAUGCUCAAACUCACUUUGCAAGUCCAUUUGUAUCAGGAAUGGAUAAGUCCUAUUGUGAUGAAUUUAAUUUGACUAGUGGUGAUAAUGAAUUACUAAAUGAAUCAAGUAUUGAAUUAAAUAGUGAUUUCACAAUGGUAAAACAUGAAGAGGAUAUGAAUUCACAAAAUAUUGAUGAUACAGUUAAUACUACUAAUGCAACAGUUGGUUCAAAUUUACAAUUUGAUGAAGAAUCUUUUAAACAUAGUGAUGAUUUUAAAAAUGACUUUUUGGAUAGUAGUCAACUUGAUAAAUUUGUCCAGUAUGAAGAUCGCAAAUUGAAUGACAGUGAGAGCACAACCGAUGCUAUUUUGGGUUCAGAACCUCAUACUCCAAUGCGUAUGGAUAAUCAAUCAACUUUUGAGUCUGAAAAUGAUGACGAUCAAUUUCCUGAAGCCUUCAAACAACAAACACAGUUUAAUCAAUUUGAUGAAAAUAACGACAAGGAAAAUCAUGAUCCUUUCUGUUUUGAACAAACUGAAGAUCCUGCUGGAAUAAUACCUAAUGUUAUUCAUGAAGUAAACAAUGGAGUUGAUGAAAUACAUCACAAUAUUGACAAUAACCUACCUAAUGAAAGUUUAAAUGAACAUCAGGUAUCCGAAUUAUUAAAACAUGAACCUGUAGAAGAACCUUUGUGUAUCAAAGAGGUAGCUAAACCUUUUCAUUCUGCGUACGAACAACAGUAUUUACCGGAAUCCGAUUUUUCAGCAAGCAUUCAUGAAGCUUUAUUAAACACAACUGAAAACAAAUCAAGUAAUCAUGAGGUUGAUGAUAAUAAUGUUAAUAAUUUUGAACCACACAAUAUUGUUGAUAGACAUCUAGAAAUAAAACAUGAGUACUUAGAACAUGAAAAAGUUAAUGAGAAUCUUGAACCUGAAGUUGACAUCCAUAUAGAUGAUGUUAGGCAUGUAGAAGAUUUCGAACAAGAAUUUCAACAUGAUAAUACAAACAAUUUUGAAUAUGAGAAUAACAGUAUAAAUUUUUUACAAAAUGAAGAUAUAGAUCCAAAACAUAAUCAUGUAAAUGAUGAACUCAUCCAAGAUGCCAAACAUGAAAAUAGUACCGUUAAUUUUGUCCAAGACCAUGUUGAAGAUUUUGAAAUAACAAAGAAUACUGAAUAUGUUGAACAUGAUGAUAUUGCUAAAAUAAUACAAGAAAAUGUUGAAGUUCAAAAAGACAAUCAAUUUGAUGUUUCAUCUAUUCGAGACUCAGAAAAUGUUAGUCAAAAAUAUAAUAAUGUGGCUGAUGUGAUUAGUUAUAAUACAGAAGAUUCAAACCAAGAUAAUCAGUUAAUUGUUGAAUCUGUUAAAAAUUGUUUGGAAGAUGUCAAAAAAACUGAACAGAUUCCUAUUGAUGAUUUCAAGCAAAAAUAUCUGGAUAAUGUUUCUGAAGUGGAAUUAAAUCAAGAAGAUAAUUUCAAACAAGGCUUACACAAUGAAGAAUUUGAAAAUACUGAUGUUGAAGGUUUUAAACAAGAACAUAACAAUGUCGAUUUAGUUGAAAAAAAUUAUGCUCAAGAUAUUAAGCAAGAACAAAGUGUUUUAGAAGUCGAAAGCAAUCAUGUYGAAAAUUCCAAACAUGAACAAGAUAUUACUGAUGAAAUUGUAAAGAAGCUCAAUGAAGAUUUGCGACAAGAAAAUCACAGUAAUGAAUCCAUUCAAAAUCCCACAACAGAUAGUGAUGAAGAAAUGCAUUCAUCAAUGAUAAUUCAUUCUGAUGUGGAAAACAAUAUGCCACAACCAUACUGUUCGGCAUCCGAUACAUUAAUAAAUGAAUCCAAUAUGAUGUGUACUAGCAUGACAUUUGAAGAAAAUUUCCAGAACAGAAAUAUGAGCGAUUCGUUGUACGUAAUGGAAACAAGUGCAGAUUAUUUUGACGAGGAAGUUCAACAAACCACACAACUAGAUCAAUCUACUAAUAAGCCUACAGUUGAAGAACAGUCAAAUGUUGAUAAUAAACUAGUAGAACAAAUACAAAAUAAAAAUGAUAUUGUUACUGAAUUAAACUACAAAGUGGUAAGUGAACCAAAGAUAGAAGUCAAAGCAGAAACAACUGAACCGAUUCCAACUCCAGAAGAUAGUGUAGAAAAAGUUGAUAGCCAAAAUGAGAGUAACAAGGUUGCCGAAAUUGCAGUUGCUGCAGCUGUUGGUACUGCUGCUAUUGCAGCUGUCACUGGUGUCAGUUUAGCUUCCAAGAAAUCUACACCUAAAAAAAUUGAGACUGCUGUUUCUAAAGCUAAGACAACAACUGCAAAAACUGCUCCAACAAAACCACUUGCCUCAAAACCAUUAGCUUCUACCAUUAAAAAAUCUACUUCAUCAACAGCAACGUCAAAACCAUUAUCAAGACCAACUACUGCUAUGUCUACUUCUAAGCCAACAACUAAUUUCCGACCAUCAACUGCUCCAAAAACUACGUCAUUGAAAGCAACAACUGUCACUAAACCUGCUUCAAAGCCAGCCCUUAAAACUACAAUUCCCGCAUCCCGACCAAUAUCAGCAAAAACCACACCCACUACACCACGAACAACUUUAACUAAAACAACCCCAUUAUCAUCACCUAAAACUCCUACAACUCCUAAAACAACUACAACAACAUCAAAGCCAACAAGUACAAUACCAAAAACAAAUGUCACACCAAGGACAUCGCUAGUUAACAAGCAACCACUUACUAAUGGUUCACCUAAACCUUUAAGCCGUCCGAGUUCUGCUCCAAUAAAAAAACCGUUAACUAGCGUAACAACAAAUGGAACUUCAAAAUUAACUAAUGGUGAGGUAUCAAAAACAUCCACUACAUCAAAGCCACCUGUCACUUUAGCAUCAAGAAUGAGUUUAGCGCCUCCAAAAUUGCCUCCAAAAGCAAAGGCUGCACCUAAAACUGUUGCACCACCUGCGAUGCCAGGACCAAUCAGAAGACCCAAAGCUUCUAUCACAAAAAAGACUGAGACGGCCACUUCCUAGAUUUGAUUUAUUAUCUACUAAAAAAAAAAAAAAAAAAAAAAAA